UCCUAUACAUAUUACUCUUAGCUAGCAUAGUUGCAUUUCUUUUGCGCUCUUUUACGUGCUUACUUUCAUCGGCGACGCGAGGAAGAUUUCUAGGGACGCACAUUUUAUUUAUUAAUUAUUAUUAUUGCUAUUUUUUGGUUGUUGUUUUUGUACACAUUUGACCUCAUCUCACAGUUUCUGGUGGCGUCCAUGCUAACGUGUCUAUUUUUACCGGUGUCAAAACAUCAUUUUUGUAAUCGUAAUUAUUUAAAUACAUUUCCACAUAGAUGAACUGCUCUUCGACGCGUUGAUGAAGUGCCUCGCUUUCUUUGCAGAGAGCUACCUAAAAUAAAAUGCACUUUUAUUUUGAAAUCAACAGGAAAUGUGAAAAUGUUUAUUGAAGCGCCUCGCCGCGCAGCACGACUUUCAAAACAACAGGCUUUUUAACAGUCUGGCUGGUGAGGCAAGGUUUAGUUUUGCGGGGUUUUGUUGGAAACAGCGAGUGUUUGCAAUUUCGUUUCGCUUUCAGUGCAGCAGAGACGCCCAACAGUUUAUCAUCAUCAGCGUUUACCGUUAACAGGGGACCGACUGGUGGAGUCGGCGCCAAAUAAGAGCCGAGAGAGAGAGGUAGAGAGGUAGAGAGAGGUAGACAUCAGCCUGCCAGCCAGCGGCCCACACACACAGUGAACGAAGCUACACUGGCAGCAUGAAAUAUAAACAAUAAUAAAAAUAAAACAAAACUUUCCAAAGUGAUACCUUUUCUAAUACAUUCCCUAUGGAGCAAAAGCAAAGGUGAGCACCUGUUAGCCGCCGCUGGAGCUGCAGACGGGCGGAUGCAGAAAAAAUGGACGCCUGCACAGCCAGCGUUUGGCCUCGUCUGGAGCCCUUCCUGCUGGGGGCGCUGCAGGUGGCCCCUCCGAGCAAACUGAGCAUGCACUACCUGCGCAAGAUGGCCUGCUACGUGCGCACUCGAGAGGGCUGCUUCCCCCGGCUGGGCUGGCACAUGUGGCGCCACAUUGCGUGUGGAAAGCUGCAGCUGGCCGAGGAUCUGGCCUGGCUCUACUUCGAGACCUUUGACCUGCUGACGCCGCGCAGUCCAGAGGAGAAGCUGGAGUGGGCUGAGGCUCUGUCUCAGAGUCAGUCCCCGCGCGAGCUCGACCGACAGCGCAGCAAGCUGUAUGUGGACACUCUCCAGUUCCUGCUCUUCUUGUACCUUCAGCAGCUGAACCGCGUGUCUCUGCGCACCUCUCUGAUUGGGGAAGAGUGGCCGAGCCCCCGCGCCCGCUCCCCCUCGUCCUCUUCAGAAAGAGAGGCCAAAACCAGCUCCUCGAAUAAGAACUGGGAUGACCAGACGCACCUGACCUUCAUGCAGACACAUCUGUCCGAGCUGUUGGAGCUACUGGCGGAACCAGGUGAGCUGAGCGGCUCGGGCCAAGCACUGCGGGACAGCCAGCUGUCGCCCGAGGCCGUGCAGGCACUGAGCCUGCUGCUGGAGGGCUCGGCCAGCCGCGGCCGCACCGUGCACCCACUCCACAGACUCCUGGGCCGCGUGCCGCUCCAGGCUCAGGCGGGCUUCUCCAAACUCAGUCGCUCGUACUCACUGCAGCAGCUACAGAACUGGCUGCGCCAGACCCUCACCCUCAACCCCUUCGGCAUGUCCACCUGCCUGCGCUCGGGCAAGAAGCUGGCCUGGGCCCUGCAAGUGGAGGGCGCAAUGAAGAGAGCCAAGAUAGCCCGGAACACUCACAUGGCCCCUCCGGGCAGCAGGGUGGUCCUGAUGUCUCAGGUUUACAAACAGACGCUGGCCAAAGACUCGGAGAAGCUGGCUAGCGCAAACGUGAAACUGCACCGCUGCAGCGAGGCUUUCAUCUACCUGCUGUCUCCUCUCAGGUCAGUGACGCUGGACAAGUGCCGCAACAGCACAGUGGUUUUGGGCCCGGUGGAGACCAGCGUCCACGUUCAGAGCUGUGAGAACGUUCGGCUGGUGUGUGUGGCCGGCCGGCUGGCCAUUGGGGCUUCUUCCCGCUGCACCGUCCAUGCACUCACCCCCACCCGCCCACUCCUGCUGCCCGGCAACACGGCCCUCACUCUGGGCCCCUUCCACACGCACUACCCCACCCUGGAGGACCACAUGGCCAGUGUGGGUCUGGCUGUCGUGCCCAACCUAUGGGACCAGCCACUGCUGUACAGCCCAGACGGUCCGGCUCCUGAUCCGUCCUGUUACCGCAUCCUGACACCAGAGGAGUUCUGCACCCUGGUGGUGCCCUUCCAGAUGGAGGGGGACACCUGCGAGGUGCCAGGGGGGCUGCCCCCAGCGUACCAGCAGGCAGUGGAGGCCCGCGAGCGGAGGGUGCAGGAGUGGCAGAGUACAGUGAAGGACGCACACCUCAACAAGGAGCAGCGGCGGCAGUUUCAGGCCCUGGUGGAGCAGAAGUUUCACCAGUGGCUGCUGGAGACGGGUAAGAGGCAGGAGCUGGACAGCUUACUACCCCCGACCAUCGGUCAGUCCAACCCCACUGACCACUCGCAGUCUACCUGUAGCUCCAAACCUUCUCUUCAGCCCCAGAAAGACCAGGCAGUGGGACGGACGCCCACAGUUUGCUGAGUCUAUAGUGGACACGCCUGCUGGACUUCGCUUCCUCUGUUUGCCUUUGCUUAUUGCUGGGGCAGAGGAUGUUUUCUCUGACCUCUGAUCCUAGAUCAGCACUGUGGGGUACGAUAGGCUGCAGAGAUCGCAGUCGUACGGCACUCAGGACACCUCAGAAAUGCAGAAAUGCAAUGCUGGAUAAUUAUUUUUGAAACAAAUUGUCUUAGACAAUGAAACAGAGUCAAUGUCUUGAAAUAUAUGCUGGAUUAGUUGCUGUAGAACAGGUCUGGGACCCAUUAUUCCCCUACGCUGCAAGCGCCGGUGCCUUUAGUUUAUUCCGUUACACGCAGGUUUUACAGUAAUGUACUGCUACUCGAGUAUUACAGUUACCUCUAAGAGGAUGAUGGUCUUUUUAGUGCUGAAUUAACGAACAGGGAAAGAGUGAAGGGAACAUUCUCUGCUACAGUCCGAGAGAAGACUUGCAUAAAACCGCCCACAUAACCUUUCGUAGCUGCUGCUGCUAGGUGGGGCAAGCUUCACUGAGUCUUGGCAAAAGUCUCGUAGAACCUUUUUCAAAAAGAUGCUAUAUAGAACCAUCUGCAGCACAUUCUUCAUCACUCUGAAAAACCCUUUCACGAUGCAAAGACCCCGUUUAAUCAUGCGAAGGGUUCUUUGAGUGUUCUUUGCUAAAGAACCCUUGAAGAACCAUCUGUUUUAAGUGUAGUUUAAGUGAGCAACAACACGGUCCAGCUCGGCUGAAUAGCAUUUUGAACUGGAAACUCAACGUUACGUAGCGACUCUAGCCAAAUGUAGUGCUCCAAUAUUAAUAAUAAUAAUAAAUUGACCUCUUAAUAAUAAUAAUAAUAAUAAUAAUAAUAAAUAAAAUAAAAAACUGUUUUGCUGUGCAAUUUCUCAUUAGGUAAAAUGGGAUUUUUCCCAGAGUUCUGUAAAGCUUGUCCAACCUAGCAACGGUUGCUUAGAGCGAAUGCAUUUGUGGGCGGAGCAUAGAGAGGUCAGUUGCCUUUUGCCUUUGGUAUAGGAUUAUAGGAUUAUAGGAUUAUAUAUGCACUGAAGAAAAAUGCACACGCUUCAUGAAAUGAAGAGGGUCAGCUUUCUUAGAGUAAGAGAACUGAGCUUCAGUUAGAUUGUCGUUAAGUCUAAUCUAGUCGAAAGAUGAGCACUCUUUCUUAUUUUUUUCCCACGUGUUCAGCGGCCAGUAGGAAUUUGAAUGGAUCUCUGAUGUGGCCUAGUUUUACACUGUAGUUGCACUUCUGCCUUAAUAAUAAUCCCCAUAAGUGCCACUCGCUGUAUUCUACAUGCAGUUUAUCCCAGUCCUGCUCCUAGAAACACCCUGCGUUUCUUAUUUAGGUGAGUUGGGAAGCAGCUGCUCUAGAUUUAUUCCUACCUUUGAUUUAUGUGACCAGUAUGUUUGGACCAGCAAGCAAUACCGCAUUAAUGAUUUCCAUUUUUGUAGGAAUUUUCACUGUUGUCGUCUGAUGCGUCUUAAUUUUCAAGAGUAUGAAUGAAACCAGAGGACAGUAGAACACAUUUGAGCACAGUUUUGUGUUGUUGUAUUAGUUUAAGGGAACAGAUUUAGUGUUAAAAUAAUAAAAGAUGCUUUAUCUCC